AUGUCCUCGCUAUCUCUUGGAGGUCCUUCCCGCUGCGGCCGAGUUGUAGGUCCAUCACUCGACAAGAUCAUCAAGAACGCCGCCUGGCGUAAGCACUCUCACCUUGUCUCCUCCUGCAAAUCCACCCUUGACAAGCUCGAAUCUCUCUCCGAGUCUAAAUCGUCUUCAGGCGACACCCAAUCUCCUGUUCUAGGCCUUUCUUCAUCAGAUGCCGACUGUGUUCUUCAACCUCUUUUUCUGGCGCUUGACUCUGCCUACCCUAAGGUUGUUGAGCCUGCUCUGGAAUGCACCUUUAAAUUGUUCUCUCUCGGCCUUGUCUGCGGUGAGAUCAAUCGCCCUGACAAUUCGAAUGCUUCACAGUCCAGCGUUGUCUUCAAUAUGAUUGAUGCUAUCUGUAAGUCGGGUGGCCUUGGGGAGGAGGCAAUUGAGCUGUGGGUGCUCAGAGUAUUGCUCUCAGCAGUAAGAUCCCCAAGCAUUUUGAUCCGGUCUGACUGUCUCAUUCAAAUUGUGAGAACUUGUUAUAAUGUGUACCUCGGGGGUGUCAACGGCACUAAUCAGAUCUGUGCUAAAUCGGUUCUUGCCCAGAUCAUGACCAUUGUUUUCACCAGAGUCGAGGAAGACUCCAUGGAUGUCUUCCAUAGAAGGGUUUCUGUCGGUGAACUUUUGGAAUUCACGGAUAAAAAUUUGAACGAGGGCAAUUCCAUACACUUUUGCCAAAAUUUUAUCAACGAGAUAAUGGAGGCCAGUGAGGGGGCUCCUUUCAAACCAUCGUCUAUAUCACCUCCUAUGGAAGUGGAGAAAGUUCAUACACCGUUGCCCAAGGCGGCGGAUGAAACAGGUACUGACAAGUUAGAUAAUGAGGCUGGAGCUGAUGGAAGUAAAAUAAGGGAGGAUGGUUUUCUUCUUUUUAAAAAUUUGUGCAAACUGUCCAUGAAAUUCUCAUCUCAACAGCACCCUGAUGAUCGUAUCCUCUUGAGAGGGAAAAUUUUGUCAUUGGAGCUCCUGAAGGUAGUCACUGAUACUGGCGGUUCAAUAUGGCGCGUGAAUGAGAGGCAAAGAAGCAGCUCAGCCUUGCCACUGUUUCUCAAUGCCAUCAAGCAAUAUCUGUGCUUGUCAUUGUUGAAGAACAGUGCCCUCUCAGCCAUGGCCAUUUUCCAACUUCAGUGUUCCAUUUUCAUGAAUUUGUUAUCAAAAUUCAGAUCAGGCUUGAAAAAGGAAAUUGGCAUGUUCUUUCCCAUGCUUAUCCUUCGAGUCCUUGAGAAUGUUCUUCAGCCUAGUUUUCUGCAAAAAAUGACCGUUCUCAAUUUAUUGGACAAAAUAUCUCAAGAUCCUCAGAUUAUUAUUGACAUUUUUGUCAACUAUGAUUGUGAUGUGGAUGCUUCAAACAUAUUUGAAAGUGUGAGUUCCUUUCACAUUGACCCUUACGUCUAUCACUGUUCACUAAACAUGCUUGCCUGCACCCUUGCUAGGAAGACUUUCACUACAAGGAUUGUCAAUGGUCUUCUGAAAACUGCUUUGGGACCACCUACAGGGUCAACCACAGCUUUGUCCCCAGUACAGGAUAUUACUUUCCGACAUGAAUCUGUUAAGUGCUUGGUCAGCAUUAUUAAGUCAAUGGGAGCAUGGAUGGACCAGCAGAUAAGGAUAGGAGAUUUAGAUCUAGUAAAAAGCCCAGAAAGCAGCACAGCAGAAACUCAUCUAAUACCAAAUGUAGAAGAAGGAAAUGCUUAUGAUCAUGAGCUACAUCCUGAUGUAACUUCUGAAUUUUCAGAUGCUGCCACAUUAGAGCAACGUCGAGCAUAUAAAAUUGAACUUCAGAGAGGCAUAUCACUUUUUAAUCGAAAACCUCCAAAGGGUAUUGAAUUCCUGAUAAGUAACAAAAAAGUUGGUAGUUCUCCAGAACAGGUGGCACUGUUCCUUAAGAACACUGCUGGCCUUGAUGAAACCAAGAUUGGUGAUUAUUUGGGAGAAAGGGAAGAGUUUUCUCUAAAAGUUAUGCAUGCUUAUGUAGAUUCCUUUAACUUCAAAGGGAUGGACUUUGGUGAAGCUAUCAGGUUUUUUCUUCAGGGCUUCAGGUUGCCUGGCGAGGCACAAAAAAUUGAUCGCAUCAUGGAGAAGUUUGCUGAGCGCUACUGUAAAUGCAACCCUAGUUCUUUUAGCAGUGCAGAUACUGCCUACAUUCUUGCGUACUCUGUGAUAAUGCUUAAUACAGAUGCUCAUAAUAAUAUGGUGAAAGAUAAGAUGACAAAGGCUGAUUUUGUUCGAAACAACCGAGGAAUAGAUGAUGGAAAGGAUUUAGCAGAAGAAUAUCUGGGGGCCCUCUAUGACCAAAUUGUUAAAAAUGAAAUCAAAAUGAACGCUGAUUCUUCUGCUCCUCAAAAUAAACAAGCAAAUAGCUUCAAUAGAUUACUAGGAUUAGAAGGUAUACUCAAUCUUGUGAACUGGAAGCAGAGUGAAGAAAAAGCAGUGGGUGCAAAUGGCCUUCUCAUUCGGCACAUUCAGGAGCAAUUUAAAUCAAAUUCGCGAAAAUCUGAUUGCAUUUUUCUUAUCCUUGAAGGCUUAAGAUCUGCAUAUCAUGUUGUGACCGAUGUGGCUAUACUGAGGUUUAUGGUGGAAGUUUGUUGGGGGCCUAUGCUGGCUGCAUUCAGUGUAACUAUUGACCAGAGUGAUGAUAGGGUAGCUACUUCUCAAUGCUUACAAGGAUUUCGCCAUGCUGUGCAUGUUACUGCAGUGAUGGGUAUGCAGACUCAAAGGGAUGCUUUUGUUACAUCUGUUGCCAAAUUUACGUAUCUGCACUGUGCUGGAGAUAUGAAACAAAAAAACGUUGAUGCUGUGAAGGCAAUAAUAUCAAUUGCUAUUGAAGAUGGAGAUCAUCUGUAUGAAGCAUGGGAACACAUAUUAACUUGCCUCUCCCGAAUUGAGCAUUUGCAGCUGUUAGGUGAGGGUGCUCCAAGUGAUGCAACCUUCUUCAAUUCAACAAAUUCUGAAACAGAGGAGAAAGCUCUGAAAACAUUAGGCUUCUCUUCUUUUAAGAAAGGAACACUCCAGAAUCCAGCCAUGGUGGCUGUCGUUCGUGGUAGUUCAUAUGACAGUACAAGUAUUGGGGGAAAUGCUUCUGCAAUAUUAACAACAGAUCAGAUAAAUAAUUUCAUUUCAAACUUGAAUCUACUGGAACAGAUUGGGAACUUUGAAUUGAACCAUGUGUUUGCUCAUAGUCAACGGCUGAAUGGGGAAGCAAUAGUAGCAUUUGUUAAAGCACUCUGUAAAGUUUCCAUCUCAGAGUUACAGUCUCCAACAGAUCCCCGAGUAUUUGGCCUCACUAAAAUAGUAGAGAUUGCGCAUUAUAAUAUGAACCGCAUCAGAUUAGUAUGGUCUCGCAUAUGGAAUGUUCUUUCAGAUUUUUUUGUGUCAGUUGGAUUGUCAGAGAACUUAUCAGUUGCAAUCUUUGCAAUGGACUCACUGCGACAACUUGCAAUGAAAUUCUUGGAGCGUGAGGAGCUGGCUAAUUACAAUUUCCAGAAUGAAUUUCUGAGACCAUUUGUGAUCGUCAUGCAAAAAAGCAACACCACAGAAAUUAGAGAGUUAGUAGUUCGUUGUAUUUCACAGAUGGUCCUUAGCCGUGUCAGUAAUGUGAAAUCUGGCUGGAAAAGUGUUUUUAUGGUUUUCACAGCUGCUGCAGCCGAUGAGCGGAAGAAUAUUGUAUUAUUAGCAUUUGAGACAAUGGAGAAAAUAGUGCGUGAAUUUUUUCCUUAUAUCACUGAGACAGAGACAAUGACCUUCACCGAUUGUGUCCGAUGCCUUUUGACAUUUACAAAUAGCCGAUUCAACAGUGAUGUUAGCCUCAAUGCAAUUGCAUUUCUUCGUUUCUGUGCAGUCAGACUUGCUGAUGGAGGACUUGUUUGCAAUAAGAAGAGCAGUGUUGAUGGCCCAUCAGCUGUUGUUACAAAUGGAAUUUCAGAUUUACAAGCCCAUACUGAUAACGAUGAUCAUGUGUCUUUUUGGCAUCCUUUGCUAUCAGGGUUAUCAAAACUAACUUCUGAUCCAAGAUCUGCUAUCAGAAAGAGUUCUUUGGAGGUUCUUUUUAACAUUCUAAAGGAUCAUGGUCAUCUAUUCUCCCACACAUUUUGGAAUAGCAUUUUCUGUUCUGUUAUUUUCCCUGUAUAUAACUCAGUAUCUGGAAAGAGAGAGGUGAAUCUACAAGAAGCCCAUUGUUCACCCUGUUCAGUAUCUGUGCAUAAUGAAGGAAGCACAUGGGAUUCUGAGACUUAUUCAGCAGCAGCAGAAUGUUUAAUAGAUUUAUUUGUCACCUUCUUUGAUGUGGUGAGGUCUCAGCUACCAGGUGUGGUGUCAGUACUGACAGGGUUCAUUAGAAGCCCUGUUCAGGGUCCAGCUAGUACUGGGGUUGCCGGAAUAGUACGUCUCACAGAUGAGCUUGGUAACAAGCUUUCAGCAGAAGAAUGGAAAGAGAUUUUUCUGUGUUUGAAAGAUGCAGCUAUGUCAACAGUACCGGGAUUCAUGAAGGUCUUGAGAACUAUGAAUAAUAUUGAGGUGCCUCACUAUUCACAGCCUUCCACUGAUUUGGAAAGUUCUUCUGAUCAUGACUUGACAAAUGAUGAAUUUGAUGAUGACAAUCUGCAAACGGCCACAUAUGUUGUGUCAAGAACGAAGAACCAUAUUGCUAUGCAGCUACUUAUUGUACAGGUUGCAACGGAUCUGUACAAAAAGCACCAGCAAUUCUUAUCUGCAGCCAGUAUCAAAGUCCUUAUUGAAUUAUAUUCAUCUAUUGCUUUACAUGCUCGUGAGAUAAACAGAGAGUCAAUCCUACUGAAGAAGUUGCAGAAAGCUUGCUACAUCCUGGAAAUAUCUGGCCCUCCCAUGGUUCAUUUUGAAAAUGAGUCCUUCCAGAAUCACCUCAACUUCUUACAAAAUUUACAUCUCCAUAAUCAUUCUGUGCAUGAUGAGAUAGACCUAGAACAAGAGUUAGUAGCUGUGUGUGAACAGGUAUUGGACAUAUACCUGAAUUGUGCUGGUUCCAUUUCCACUUUGCACAAGUCUGAUACCUUGUCUGCACCACAUCGAAAACUCCCUCUGAGUUCAGCAAAGAAGGAAGAGAUAGCUGCUAGGUCAUCUUUAGUCAUCUCAGCAUUGCAAGGGUUAACUGGUCUGAAAAAAGAUUCAUUCAGGCGGUAUAUUCCACAGUUCUUUCACUUACUGGUUGAUCUUGUGAGGAGCGAACACACCUCUGGAGAAGUUCAACAUGCCCUGAGUAAUAUUUUCCGUUCAUCUGUUGGCCAAAUUAUAAUGGACUAA